GGACAAAAACAGAGAAGAAACCAUAAACCCUCAUCCGUGGCCCAGGAACAGCCUCUUCAAACCGCCUGGGUCAGGAUAAUGCCCUCCUCUUCCAGUUGGGCUUUAAGCGCUGACCACUGUGGUCCACUAUGCAAAUACCUGAAUCAGGCUGCUGGUGACUCACCAGCUCCCUUUUAAAGCAAGGCUGCGCUCAACGCAGUUACUACCGGGGCAGAAGCCAUGGCUCACGGACUCUGUUUCUCCUAUUGGCUAUUGGUCUGCUGGUUGGUGAUAACGGUGGCAGAAGGACAAGAAGAGGUAGUCACCCCUACUGAAGGCUCACAAAAUAAUGUAGACCCUACAGACUGCCAGAUCUUUACUCUUACUCCUCCACCCACCACAAGGAAGCCAGUGACAAGGAUCAAGCCCAUCACAAGGACCCCCAAGAGACCUUUCCAUUUUUUUCCACCGCGACGGCCCAGAGUCCACAUUGGAUUUCCAAACAGACCUUUCCUCCCUCCAAAGUGCAACCACCGUUUUCAGUUCCGUCCAUUUUUUUGGCCACCCGGUCACUUUACUCAUCAUUAUUUCCCCAGAAGAAGACUCCGGAGAGGAAGCUCAUCUGAGGAAAGCAGAAGGAAGAGAGAAGCCCCAAACAUGCUGAAGGAAAAGAAGCCAAUGCCUCAGAAAAGACUAUGAGAUUUUUGUUUUCUUUUUUUCCAAAUUAAAACUAUUGGAUUUGAAGAUUGAAUACCAUAAACACCACUGACUAUAAAUCGUUCUCCUUGUCAGCAGUGGAGAUACUGGUUUAUAGUUUAUUCAUGUUUGCACAAUAGGAGCAGUACUACAUAAUUCUUAUCCCCAACUUUUUAUGAUCACAGGAUAUUUGUGCAAAUAAAAUCCAAAGGUGGGUGAUUCCAAUCAUUCUUAUCCAUACUGAGAUGCCAGAAGGAUCAGCUCUCUCUUCUAAAUGAGGGUGAAAACACUGAAAUAAACUGAGAUUGUUAUAAACCAAAUGAAGACAUAAAUGACACCAUUUUAUAUUCACUGGAAAACUUACAGAGC